GUUUUACGACGCUGUAUUGACUGCGGAUUCUUUUUGCGUCGAACGGCUGUGGUCUACAUGAGGACACUGUAUCGCGAUUCAGGCUGGCUUCUCACCGCUGAGGCCCUGAUUUCGACUUCAAGUGGCAACAGAUUCGUGGAAGAAAGACGGAUUACAUUCCCAUUUCAGUUGAAACACACGACGCAUGCGCGCGCCUCAACUCAACCCGCCACACAAUGGCUCGGUCAAGAUAAGAACAGCUUCUUCGACGAACACCCACAAAACCUGGGGACUUCGACCUUCACCAGGUGGCAGAGCGAGCGUCGCGUAGCGUGGAACACUCCAAGGCUGUGGUCAUUGUGCAACCCGCGAUUACGUCACCAUUUAGUGUACGGAUUUUACGUAGGAAGGCGAUGAGACACUAAUUCAUUGUAUCCAACAGGUGGCUCGCCUUGGUGGACGAAGUCUCAACUAUGCUGCCUGACCUACCCCACAGCCUCAACCUCAACCUCUUCAGGUUGCUGCAGAGCUGAUCCCCCAACAAUCACGAUGUAAAGACAAGCAUGGGCUCUCUGCCAGACCUGCAUGCCUUGUCGGCAGCCGAUCGCGCGCCCAUCUCUCGGCUGUUUGAAUUACCUCGACCCGUAAUCAGGCAUCACUCGGGCAGGACCCACCACCAACACCGUGUGGUGCACCAGACGCAAAGUGGCGGCACCUGCUGGGAUGACUUCAGGCUGGAGCACUCGCCCGUAUCCACGCGCUCACUGUCCAGUUCCGGGGGUGCCUCCUCCGUGCGGCGUCUGAUUGCCGUGGUGAGGUCAACACCAUCCCACCUGGGCCCCAUCUACUCGCGUCGAGUCCUGUUGCGUAACUUUGCAGCACUGUGUCUAGGCCAUGUGACACUCACAGCUGCCCUGAUGCCACUGCUGGCUACACAGGCCGCGGUGUCAUCUGACAUGGGGGCCCUCCUGCUGGCUGCCCUGCAUGCAAUGGCCUCCCUAUCCUCCCUUGUGGCUCCAGUGUUGGUACAGCAUGUGGGCUGCAACUGGACACUCAUCUUGGGCUACGUGCACGCCUGCAUGUUCUUCGGGUUGCAUCUGUACCCCACACCCUACACACUGGUUCCUGCAUACCUGGUCUUCGGCCUGUGGUUGGGCCCACUCGUCAGUGCACGCCUCACCUUCCUCAUGACGCUGGCUUCUAAGCUGUCGUACGUUGUGACGGAAGAGGGAGAAGAGGAGAGCUCGUGCCGCAGGGAGACUGUUGUGCGCAGGCUUGCACGAGGCCUGCAGACCGCGCAGGACUUUGGCCUGGUGCUCGGCAAUGGCGUUACAGCCUUUCUGCUCUGGUACGCACAGCAAGAUGAUGCAGAAUUCCCACAGCCUGAACUUGAUGCCCUGUUCCUGACAGAUGGCAGCCAGGAGCGUGUGUGUGGCAGCAAGGCAUGCCCGUUCACCAGCACGAUUGCAGAACCCCCUGAGGAGGCAAACUCAACGGUGAGCGAGGCUCAGCUGGUGUUUGUGCUGCCGUGCAAAACAUCUGCAAUGCUGGCCAGUGUGUUCCUGGGCUGCUCUGUGAUGGGUUUGGCAGUGACGGCCGCAUUCCUGGACCGGAUUCGGAUGUUUGCGUACCAAGACAGGCCAACAGGUAUGGCGGCAGUGCGAGCCGUGUUCAGCGUGUUCAGUGACCCACGGCUCCAGCUGGCAGCACCCCUAGCAGUAUUUAUAGGGCUUGAGCAGGGCUUCAUGCUUACCGACUUCAGCAAGUCCUAUGUGGUGUGCACACUGGGCUUGCGUAAUGUUAGUCUUGUGUUCCUGAGCCUGGGAGCAUUGCAGUCCCUGGCAGCCUUCACCCUCAGCAUGAUGCUGCGUCACAUCCCACGUUGCAUAGUCAUUGCAGUCGGUUUUGUGUUCCACGCCUGCCUGUUGCUGGUUCUGUUGCUCUGGAAGCCAUCUGGUGAUGACCCUGCCCUCUUCUAUGUCAUCCCAGCAGCAUGGGGUGUCUGCAAUGCCAUCUGGGAAAUACUCAACUUCACUCUGCUGGUCACCGUGUACCCCGACUCUUGGCAGGCACCAUUGGCACACUGCUACUUCUUCCGCUUCCUAGGGCUGUCACUGGCCUUUGGGCUUCAUGGAGGCGUCUGCAACUGGCUGAAACUAUAUGCCCUGGCAGCGGCCCUCGUCUUGGCUGUGGCACCCUACACGUGGCUCGAAAUGAGACUAGAGUCCCACCGCAAACUCAAAACGCGCAUUACCACCUUGUGACCCAAGCUGUGUCGCUCUAGAGCUCACUCAACAUAACAGCACAUGGUGUUCCAAGACAAGACCGCAUAUGUACAGCUUGGAAAUGGCCCUCAGUUGUUGAAUUAAGUUGCCAAGUAGAUGCAAGCAACAGUUUUGAGAGGGUAGGCUUUCCUGUGUUACCAAGAAUGACAGCAGCUACUUGUAAGUGGAAGUUCUAUGAGCUGUCUCAAGUUCCUUGUGCUUUUCCUCGUUCUUCCAAAACUAACGCUAUAGUAUUCUCUCCUCUUUGGCUCCAAUAUACCACACAAAAUCAUAUGCUCGAUAACCUCCGCAGUUGAUACAUCAUCAAAGCAACAUGCUCCCCAGGUGCAGUAUCAUUGUAACAAAACACUGUAUUAAUCUUAUGAUUCACUGCCCUCUUUGCAAAAGAACCGUCUCUCUCCUUAUGCAACUAGUUCACUUCACUAUUAUGAAAUUUUUGUUGCUUCGUUAACUGGUUCAAAAGGCGUAAAUGAAGGAAUGUAAAAACAUGACAACUGAUCAGCAUCAGUUGUCACACACUUUGGACCACUGUGAUGUUGACAAAUUUGAUAAUCAGGCUGCAGUCUUACUUUGGAACAAUGAUGCUCUAAAAUGGACGAAUUGACACGUUCUGUGAACCUCAGGAACACCAGUGGCUCUCCUCGGUACGAAAUGCUUGUUGUGACUGUGACGGCUUCCAGGUUGUGUCGUCAUGACGACAGACAGUGGAAGCUGUUGAGAAUCAGUGAACUGUAGUCAAGGAGGAGCAAGAAAAAGUUUUUAUAAUGUAUAAAAUUUGUGAUAUCAAAAAUAAUGAGCAUCUGGUCUCAGUCAUGUAAUGAGCUCUCUCACCUGAUCUCACUACAUCACACUUAAAAAGAAAGCAAUACUGCAACAAAAUUUACCCAUUUUCUUUCAACAGCAACAAGCCACUUCAUCACAGAUUAGUAUGUGUAAUUAUGUGAAUGCUACAUUCCUGCAGCGUCGCCUCAAGCACUUUCCCUCUCUUGCACGAGUUGAAGCCUACACUCCACGUUUUGCAUUCACAGAGUGUAACCUACUGCUGCAUCAGUCGUCAGUAGCUCAAGGAGCAUUCACGCGUGAAGAACAUUCUCACACAAUUUCCACUUCCCCCUGUAUUCUGUAGAAUUUGUAAUUACAAUCAUUACACAGACAGUUUGACAUACUGCUGCUGAGGCACUUCUCAUAUUUAUGAACUUAACACUGCAAUGAGUUUAAUUUCAAGUUUAAAGCAUAGGCAUCUCCAACUACAACCAUGAAGCUGGAGCAGAUGAACACACAUUGUCCGUGCCGUGCUGAAACUACUUGUGCAACAGUAAACAGACCAUUGAACAAGAAGACCAGCAACAUUUUUAAGUGGUUAUAUUCAAAGUGAUUUGUUUUAAUGAACAAGUUGAACAGGAAAUUUCAAGGUAACUGUAAUGCAGUGCUGACCUUUCAGAGAAUGCCUCAUGUAAUUGUCAGCGAAUCUGACACGUGAUCAGGGCACUGGUACAUCAUUCCCACCAUGGCUCUGAGGAACUUCACGACAGACAUGACAUUUUAUAUGUAUAAAAAUACUGGAUUACAAUCUGUGACGGCAGUAGCACCUGGGAUUUGGGGAAAGUAUGAACAGAGUUUCAGCAAUUAAUUUAAGAAUGUUUUAUUCAUAUCAACUGACAGACAUAAAGUGUGGUGUGACAGAGGGAAGAGUCAGUCAUCGAUCCACCAUAUCACUAUACAUUUACAACAGUGACACUGUAUUUUUACAUUCACAUGUAGCAGUUAUAGAAGUUUUAUGAGACAUGCUAUACUCUUCCUGGUCACAAUGAAUGUGUACUGUAAGUCCCACUAUUCAGUGUGAAAUAAAUUGUGAAAAUGCCCAUUUUUA